CGAAUGCCUUUCCCUCCUGCAGCCAUCGCUGAGGCGCCAGUGGUCAAAAUGAAGUUCAGUCCCUUUGUGACUUCUGACUGGAGCAAGAACCGUAAAAGGCAUUUCAAUCCACCUUCCCACAUUCGCAGGAAGAUUAUGUCUUCUCUUUUGAAAGAGCUGAGACACAAGUACAAUGUUCGAUCCAUGCCCAUCAGAAAGGAUGAUGAAGUUCACAUUGUGCGAGGAUAUUACAAAUGGCAGCAAAUUGGCAAAGUAGUCCAGGUUUACAGGAAGAAAUGCAUCAUCUAUAUCAAACGAGUGCAGUGGGAGAAAGCUAAUGGUACAACUGUUCAUGUGGGCAUUUACCCCAGCAAGGUGGUCAUCACUAGCCUAAAACUGGACAAAGACCGCAAAAAGAUCCUUGAACAUAAAGACAAAUCUCCCCAAGUAGGAAAAGAGAAGGGCAAAUACAAGGAAGAAACAAUUGAGAAGAUGCAGGGAUAA